UAAUUAUAAAUCUUCUUCUCGUCUUUCUUUGGUUAUUUUUUUUUUCUGCUGGGUUCUGUCAUUAUUCAUUGAUACAAUCCUUUUUUCCACUUAUUCAAAUGUCUUCCUCAAGUAAUAAUAUUGAAGUUCAGAGAGCAUGGAUGUAUCAGCGUAUGGAUCCAUCUACGGGGAAAGUUUCCACCGAAUAUGAACUUGGGUUGGAGCACUUCUUGAAUUUUGCUCAGCAACGAUUAUAUGAGGGGUGUAGAAUUUUGUGCCCAUGCCGGCAGUGUAAAAACAGAGAGCUUCUGCGCAUAAAUAUUGUCCAUGGGCAUUUAUAUAACAAGGGGUUUCAACCAAACUACUAUGUUUGGACAGGUCAUGGAGAAACGUUCGAGCCUCAAUACCAAUAUCAAGGGGAUCACGGAUUUUUUGAUAACACUGCAUUUCAAAUACCCGAACCAGAAUGGAAUUCUAAUGCAUACAUGGGUCAGUUUGCCUCUACGGAAGAAAUAAUGAUGCCACAAACAAGAAUGAAUAUUGAAAGGGGUGAACAUUCUGCUGAACCUGUUGUACCUGCUGAUGAUUGGGAAGUCCUAACGAUGAGGCAGCAGGUUUUUUCAACCGUUUAAAUACUGCUAGCCAACCUCUUUAUGAAAAUUGUGUAGAAGGCUUGUCACAAUUCUCGUUAGCUGCUGAUGUGAUGCACAUUAAGACGAAUCACAAUCUAGCUGAAACAUGGGUCGAUGAUGUUUCACACUUGAUUCAUAAGAUUUUACCUGAAGGUAAUGUUGCUUCCAAAAGCUAUUAUGAAACAGAGAAGUUGAUGCAUACAUUGAGUAUGCCGUACCAUAGGAUUGAUGUCUGUCAAAAUAAUUGCAUGAUAUAUUGGGGUGACCCUGACGAAAGUUUAAUCAUAUGCAAAUUUUGUGAGCAUCCAAGGUACAAACCAGAGAAGUCAUCGAGGAAACGUGCCUCUGGUACAAAACGUAUUCCGUACAAAAGGAUGUUCUAUUUGCCAUUAUCAGACAGACUAAAAAGGUUGUAUCUUUCUGAGAGAACAGCAUCACAUAUUAGGUGGCAUGCAGAACAUACAUGUCAUGAUGGAAAGAUGGAACAUCCUUCAGAUGGCAAGGUAUGGAAGCAUUUUCAAGAGCUUUAUCCGGAGUUUGCAUCUAAAAGCCGGAAUGUUUACCUAGGACUAUGUACAGAUGGGUUUAACCCAUUUGGAUCAUCUGGUGUCCCAGGGCGAAACCAUCCAAAACGAAGUUUGGAUGUUUUCUUGCGACCGUUGAUUGAAGAAUUGCAGUCACUAUGGGCUUUUGGUGUUGAAGCAUUUGAUGUUUCUGUGAAGCAGAAUUUCAAUCUGAAAGCAGUGUUAAUGUGGACGAUAAGUGAUUUUCCGGCUUUGGGGAUGUUAUCUGGAUGGACAACCCAUGGAAGAUUAUCGUGUCCGUAUUGUAUGGAGGACACCGAUGCUUUUCAAUUAAUGCAUGGUCGCAAAUCAAGUUGGUUUGAUUGUCACCGGAGAUUUCUGCCACCAGAUCAUGUUUAUAGACAAAAUAAGAGAUCUUUUUUGAAGAAUAAUGUUGUCUCAAAGACUGGACCUCAUUAUCGCUCGGGAGAUGAAAUUUUAGAGCAUCAGUUGGGGGAAUUUUAUGGGGUGCAGAAGACAGCUGAAUGUGGUGGUAACGGUCAUGUAAACAACCAGAUUGAAGGAUAUGGAGUGACUCAUCAAUGGCAUAAGCACAGUAUUUUCUGGGAGCUGCCAUAUUGGAGAACACAUCUUCUCCGACAUUGCUUUGAUGUAAUGCAUAUUGAAAAAAACUUUUUCGAUAACAUUAUUAACACUUUGCUGAAUGUCACAGGCAAAACAAAAGAUUCUAUAAACUCACGGAAGGAUUUGGUUCUGUAUUGUGAUCGCAAACCUUUACAUCUUACCCAAUUUGGUAAGGCUCCAAUUCCUAUAUUCAGGUUGUCUCCAAAUGCCAAGCGGCAAUUUCUGAAAUGGUUAAAGGAUGUGGCAAAGUUUCCGGAUGGAUGUGGGCAUUUUUUUCCGUGACCUAUGUUCUAGGUCUUUGAAUAGAAGUGACAUAGCUCAUUUGAAGGAUAAUAUAGCUCAGACGCUUUGCAAUCUAGAGAAGAUCUUUCCACCAUCAUUUUUUGAUGUUAUGGAACAUUUGACUGUUCACUUACCUGAAGAAGCUGAGCUUGGUGGACCGAUGCAGUUUCGAUGGAUGUAUCUAUUCGAGCGAUUCAUGUUUCACCUCAAGAAAAAAGCGAAUAACAAAGCGAGUGUUGAAGGUUCAAUUGUGGAACAGUUUUUUAUAUGUUAGAUUGCAUGCUUUGUUUCUUAUUGUUUUGUUUUAUCUUGUAUUGGAUUUUCUAGAAAUAAAAGUGCUCUUGCCUACAA